UGGGCUUCAUCUGCAACCCGGGAGAUUGAGGUUGGAUAUUAGGAAAAUCUUUCCAACUCUCAGGGUGGUUAAUCUGUGGCACAGGCGUCCGGGGAGGUUGUGAAAUCCCCGUCGUUGGAGGGUUUUAUGAGCAGGUUGGACAAACACCUGCCAAGGAGGGUCCAGCUUUUCUUAGUCCUGCUUCAGUGCAGGGGCUGGGUGUGGUGACAUGUCGAGGUGGUUACAGCCCUUCGUUUCUGUAAUGCAGGGAUUACUUGCUCAUACAGCCAAGGAUCACGUUCGCCCUCCUGGUGACAGCAUUCCGCUGGGUGCGCACGUUGGGCAGGCUUGUCAGGACCUCAAGUCCUGGUCUGCGUCACUGCUUUCCAAGGUGCUGUCCCCCAGCCUGGGAGUGCGGCCUGUGCUCUGGGUUCCAGGCAUGGGCCUAAGCCCACUUUACCGUGUGAUGUGGAUCUCUCUGCAGAACUGACCCGGCAGCAGUUACCACGCCAACAACUUUUGUCCUCUGCAAACUUAGAGCAAUUGCUUUAUCUUCAGCCAGAUCAUGGAGGAUGAUACUGACCAGCCUUUGGCCAAAACCAGACCCCUGCGGAUCCGCUCUAGAAACAAGAUGUGGCGCCAUCGGCUGCUCGGCACAGCGAUGGGAAGGAGCUGGGCUGGGUGUUCUUGGUUCGGACGGGGCUACCCAGCGUGGCCUGCGGCUCUGCAGAUCCCUGCAGCGGACGAGCCCCUCCGGAGUGCCUGCCCCCCGGUCGUCCCUGCCUGGUGCCUGGGGAGCAGGGCAGGCCCUGACCCUUGCCCCUGAGCAGCCCUGCCCCAUGGACCUUGCCCCCCCCGGCUCUGCCUCCCAUCCGUCCCCAGCGCUUGGAGCGGGCGCCAUGGCAACGGCUGCAGGCAGCGCGGAGGCAGCCCUGAGCGAGUGACGAGCCGCCGGCGCUGGCACCUGGGCACAGGCGAUGGGCAGCGGGCGUGUGGUGCUCUGGGCCCUGCCUGCCUGCAGCUGAGGGGAGCCCCCGGCCCCCAGCCCAGCCACCAUGGUGAUGUCCCAGGGCACCUACACCUUCCUCACCUGCUUCGCCGGCUUCUGGCUCAUCUGGGGCCUCAUCGUCCUGCUCUGCUGCUUCUGUAGCUACCUGCGGCGCCGCGUGAAGAGCCAGCAGGAGGAGCGGCUGCGGGAGCAGAACCUGCGCGCGCUGGAGAUGGAGCCGCUGCACUACGAGGGCUACUCGGGCAGCCCCCCCGGCAUGGCCAUGGCCAUCCCUCCCCGGCUGCGCAUGGAGCCGCGCCACCUCCCCGGCCCGCCCCCCCGGCCCUGGAGCUACAGGCACGAGUCGGAUCUGUCCAAGCCCCCGUGCUACGAGGAGGCGCUGCUCAUGGCUGAGCCGCCACCGCCCUACAGCGAGGUGCUCAUGGACACGCGGGGGCUAUACCGCAAGAUCAACGCCCCCUUUCUGAGCCACGAGCGCCCCGAGAAACAGGAGCAGCCCCCCAGCUACAAGCCCCUCUUCCUGGACCGAGGUUACAGCACAGCCCUGCACCUGCCCAGCUCUGCCAGCCAGGGCCCGGCCUUCUACCUGGAGGCCGAGCGUGCCCAGCGCAUGUUCCCCAGCUGGAUGGACUCCGAGCUCAGCAGCAGGGACACGUAUGAACCUGGGGCCUGGCACCUCCCUGUCUCCAUGCCCUUGUUUGGCAGGACUACGGCGGUUUAGGGGCCUGCCGGGCAGAGUGCCACACUGGAGCCUGCAUGGACUGGGGCUGCAGCAGGGCCUGCCUGAUCCGAAGCUGCCCGUUCUCCUUGGGAGCCCGCCCUGGGCCCCACCUCAGGGCUAGUGCAAACCCUGCCUGGACAAUGUGAAGCGCUGCCUGCUGCGGCCAGUGUGUGAGGGGCUGGUCCCCAUCUCGCCCUUGGUGCUGACUGGGGCUCCGAGCAGGCCCUGCACUCGGCUCUUUCCUAGUUUGUUUGUUACAGUUUGAGAAUAAAAGUUUGUGGCACCAGAUUCA